UGAAAACAAACAACCCUAAAACGAGAGCUAUGAGAAAGGAACGUCGCUCGGUUUCGAGACAAAUGUAGCAAAAUGAUUUACUGAAACAGCCAAAGACCAUAAGAGUAACGUCUCCCGAAGUGACAUUGGACUCUCAUCGGUCCUGACACGAAGGAUUUUCGAGUUAUUGUGUCUAGUAGAGGAACAGUUUCGGUUUACCCCCUUAGCUAGCUUUGUAGCUUGUCGUUCCUUACAGUACACUUUGUUUUGUUUGUUAUGCAGUUGCCAGUGGACUGUUUUUGCACUCGUUCUGCUACAUCACCUCUUCGCUCCCUCACCCAAAACUAUCUGGCCUUAUGUCUCGCUGGCUAUUUCCCUGGUCAGGCUCAAUCAAGAAGCGGGCCUGUCGGUACCUUUUACAACACUACCUCGGCCACUUCUUGCAAGAAAGACUGAGUUUGGAACAGCUGAGUCUGGACUUGUACAAUGGCAGUGGUGUAAUAAAAGAAAUUAACCUCGAUGUGUGGGCGGUCAACGAGCUUUUGGAAUCCAUCGGGGCUCCGCUCGAGAUUGUGGAUGGAUUUGUGAGCAGUAUAGCAGUGACGAUUCCCUGGGCGGCGCUGGUGACUGACCACUGCACCCUUGUCAUUUCUGGCCUUCAGAUAACAUGUCGACCCAAGUACCGGACCAGUGGGGGUUGGGAUUCCCAAGGCUGGUCUUCCUGCAUGACGUCCAGCAUGCAGCUGGCCCAGGAGUGCCUGAAGGACCCCCCUGAGGCGUCCGAAGAGCCGCCUGCCCCACUGGAGGGGCUGGAGAUGUUUGCCCAAACCAUCGAGACAGUCCUGCGUCGGAUCAAAGUCACCUUUGUAGACACAAUCGUCCGCAUCGAGCACCAACCCUUGGAUCUGGACACGGGCAUCGCCUUAGAGAUGCACAUCAAACGACUGGAGUACUGUGACGAGGCCGUGCGAGACCCCGGCAGCAACCAGACGGUGCCUGUAGACAUCCACCAGCCUCCGGCCUUCCUGCACAAGAUCCUGCAGCUCAGUGCCGUUCAGCUCCUGUACGAGAGCACAGGCGGGCCUCAGGGCACUCAGGCAAGGGAUACUCCAUGCUCAGCCCCAGCCAGCGGGGGAGAAGAAGAAGAGGAGGAGGUGGAGGAAAGUGAUGAGGAGGAGGAGGAUGAGGAAGAGGAGGAUGAAGAUGGUGUGGAGGAGGACAUCCCCCCAGCUGCCUCGCCCUCGCCCUCCCCCUCGCCCCCCAAGGCCACCCAGAAGCCCCUGCUCAUAGGCAGCUGCUCCGGCUUCAUGGAGACCACCGUCAAGAUCAAGCAGAACGACAUGCUGCCUGGACCUAAGUUGGAGCUGGAUGGGAAGGUGGGCUGUCUCCACCUGCUGCUCUCACCUGACCAGAUCACACACCUGAAGGACCUGCUGUCUGCCCUCUGCAUCGACACAGAACCAGAGGAUAAGAGUGGUGUCCACAGCCGGCCCCUGGACUCAGACGACCUGCGUCUGAUAGAGGAUGACCUGAGCAAGCAGCUGGGCUCCAGCCCCAAGGACAGAGACCCGGACUGGGACUCAGAACCCGACCUGGACCCCUACCUCAUCGGCAUGGAGAACGGAGGUCCAGAGAUGUUCUUCUCCAUGGGUCCAGGGAUGACCAGCAGUGUGAUGUCAGCGCGUUCAGGCAGCGAGCUCUCCGACAGUGACAUGGAGUCGUCCACACACAGCCAGUCAAGCCUCUCACAGGGACUACCACUGUCUGGACAGGGCCUUGUUAACUGUCCCAGGCGCUAUCCUGGACCAGGAUCCCUGUCCAGUCUUCCCCAGUGUAGCCGCAGAACCAGAGUGCGCUCCCACAGUACCCAAUCAGAGCCCCUGAAGCCUGACGCUUUGCUCCGCCUCACUCUGGGCGGGCUGACACUGACCCUGCUGGAACAGGACCCGCCCUCCGACCCCGAUGGAGCGCCUUCAUUGGCCGAUGUGUCUCAGGUGUUCUUCCGGGAGCUGUGUUUCUUUAAGGACAGCAUGUUCAGCGAGAGAGACUUCCACCAUCUGAGAGCCAACUUCACUAAAGCCUGCCCUCACUCCCACCUCAGACUGACAGGGGCGGCAGUGCAGGUGGCGUGCGAGAUGCGUAGUGGCGGGCGCCAUGCCCGGGCCGUGACCUCCGACCUCUCCUUCAGCCGCUUGGAGGUUCUGGAGUGUCUGUGGGAGCCGGACGCGCCCACCUACACAGAGUUGCUACAGUUCCAGAGGGCAGGUCUGUUUACAGUCGGAGCCACAGCCCGACCCUGCGCCCAGCUGCACUAUGGCCUCACAGAGAAACACCUGCGCAAGGGGAAGCAGCGCGUGGUGCGCAGAGACAGUGUGUUGAAGGUGGACCUGGGGGAGCUGAGCGCCGAGUUGGACCUAGACAUCCUGAGCCGUCUGGGACACCUGAGCCGAGCUUUCAGCUUCUGUCCCACUGAGACAGGAGGGCCUGUACACACACAGACCCAGAGCAGCGAGCUGCGCUCCUCUCUCUCCGUCCUCUCGCCCCACGCCGUCCUCCGGCUCCGCUUCCCCGUCCCCGACCUGCGCCCGCCGUCGCUACGCCGCCCGCCCUCCCAGAGGGCCGUGCGGCUGGAGACGCUGGUGCUGGAGCUGUGCAACCUGGAGCUGAAGCACCGCGAGGGGCCCGACCUCCAGGCGGAGCCCCCCUCCUCCCUCCACCACCCCCCCACCGGAGCAGCCCCCUCCAGCCCCCUCACACAGCUGCUGGAGGCCUCCUUCAGCGAUUUACACGGGCUGUAUGAAGGCUGGGAGGGCGGCUCCUUCCCCUGCAUCAGAGUGCAGAAGAGCAAGGAAUCCAUGCCAAGGUUGACGGUGCGAGUGAACGGGGGUGAGGGUCUGGGGUCAAGUCUGGGGGGUAUGGGGCUGGGUCUGAUGAGGGACUUGGGCGCCAUGUCGUUUGAGAACCCGUGUGAGCUCCGGGAGAAGACCAGUUCCCCCUUCUCUUCCAACCGCACCAUGUUUGAGACGGAGGAGAUGGUAAUCCCUGCAGACCCAGAGGAGAUGCAGCAGUUCCAGGCCCAGUGUGUGGCUCAGUGUCAGUGUGUGGUGGACAUCUCUCUACCCCUGGCCUGCAUCCUGCUGCCCAGCAAGCAGGCCUUCCAGAGCCUCUACAACAGGAUCAACAACGACCUGUUGAUGUGGGAGCCCCCUCCACCCACGGCCCCCCCCAGCACCCACAGCCCCCACCCCAACCGCCGCCAUGACGACCACGAGUUCCAGCUCUGCAAGUCGGCCUUCAGGCUGGACUCAGACUCGGAGGAGGACGAGCCUCAGUUUCACUCGGCCAAGGAGUCGGCCAGGAAGCGCCAGUCCGAGUCCCGCUCCAACCACUCCCUCAGUCUGCUCUCCCUCACCGUGGUCAUUGGCAAGGGCCGCCUUCAAGCCCUGACGGACAGCAAAGAGGACCAGAAUCAUGGGGAGAUUCUCUUGGACCUGGAAGGGGGGAAGAUUUUCAGUGUUGCGCAGCACCAGAACAACCCACACCUUAACUUCCUGUGCCUGGAAAGCAACAGGGUGGAGCUAUACCACAGAGCGGUAGUAAAAGACUCCCCCGUCCCGAGCCGGUUGGAGAUGCCCUGCUUCACUCCCCCAGUGCAUCUGGACCCUACCAUCUACCCUACCGAGGUGGGGGUGAGCAGUGUGAGUGGCAGGGAGGCCGAGGUCCAGAUGCUGUCCACGGCCAUCAAGGUCACCCUGGACCCUCAGAGGAAUGUCAAGGAGUUCUUAGUCGCCCUCCGUCUCCAAGGUGCUACCAUGCGACAUCACAUGGCCCAGAACAAUCAGAGUUGGCACGAACAGCUGGUUGACUUCCUGGACGUCAUCGAUGACCCCAUCCUGGGGUACACACCUCCUGCUGUUAUCACGGUCCUACACACUCACCUGGCCACCUGCGCCGUGGAUUACAGGCCCCUCUACCUUCCUGUGCGGGCCUUGUUCACGGCCGAGUCCUUCUCUCUGUCCAGCAACAUCAUCGUGGACACAGCCACCUUCCACCUGCGCUUCAUCCUGGACGACUCAGCCCUUUACCUCUCUGACAAGUGUGACAGCGACACGGUGGACCUCCGACGAGACUAUGUGUGUGUCCUGGAUAUUGAUCUACUAGAGUUGGCCAUCACUACAUGGAAGGGCAGUAACACAGGGAAACUGACCCAGCCCCUGUUUGAGCUGCGUUGCUCCAAUAACGUGGUUCAUCUUCACACUUGUGCCGACUCAUGUGCUGCCCUCGUCAACCUGCUGCAGUACCUGGUCUCCCAGGGCGACCUGCACCCGCCCCCUCGCCACGCGUCGCCCACUGAGAUCGCCGGACAGAAACUUCCGCUGUCAGAAAGUCCCGCCUCCUUGCCACCCUGCCCCCCAGCUGAGACCGCCGAGAUCAACCAAUACGAUCUGGCCGACGCUUUGAUUGACACAGAAAGGAGCCAUCGAGAAGAGGAUAUGGACUCCGUGUCUCCCACGGUUCCCAGGGGCUCGCCGGUCUCUGUCUACCUGUUCCCUGGGGAGGUACGCAAGUUCCCCCCCCCCUCUGUCCCGGAGGGGGGGGAGGAGUCUGAGCUGGACGGACUGGUGGCCACGGCUACAGAGGUCGAGGCGGACCCCGUGUCUGAGGAAGGCUCCGAGGGUUCCACCGACAACGACGACUUCUGCAUCCUGGAGGCUCCUGGGAUGGGCAUACCUCCCAGAGACGGGGAGCCCCUGGUCACGGUGCUGGCCCAGGGCCCUAUCAGGGUGAAGGAGGGCCACUUCUCCAGGCCACGGGGCAGCUCCGACCUGCUGCGCGCCCCCGGCCGCUUCCCUGUGCCCCAGAGCAGGGUGAUCCUCCGGGAGGUGUCUGUCGUCUGGCACCUGUACGGUGGCAAAGACUUUGGCGGCAAGCCCCUGUCGGUGCACACCCCCCACGGAAGCAGGGGUCGCUCUGCUCCCGCUGGCAUCCGUGGUUCCCCCUCCCGUUCCGUGGCCCCCUCGCGGCCUCAGAACUCGUGGCGCUGGGCUGGAGGGAGCGGGCGGCAGCACACCAUGCUCAUGGAGAUCCAGCUGAGCAAGGUGAGCUUCCAGCAUGAGACGUACGCGGCGGUGCCGCCCGGCCCGGGCCAGGACGGCGAGGGGGCGGGGCCCGGCGGGGAGCAGCCGCUCUCUCGGCAGGUGUUCAUCGUCCAGGAGCUGGAGGUGCGAGACCGCCUGGCCUCCUCCCAGAUCAACAAGUUCCUCUACCUGUACACCAGCGAGAGCAUGCCCCGACGAGCCCACUCCAACAUGUUGACGGUGAAGGCUCUGCAGGUGUGUCCCGAGUCCGGCCUGGGUGGUCCUGAGUGUUGUCUCCGGAUCAGUCUCCUUCCACUCCGCCUCAACAUCGACCAGGACGCUCUGUUCUUCCUGAAGGACUUCUUCAGUAGUCUGGCUGCCGGAGUUAACCCCUACCUGCCCGUGGACCUCGCAGCUGAGGUGAAGGCAGACCCUUCCCAGAAGUCAACUGAGGAGGCGGAGUCAGGCAGCACUCUAGGGCCUGACCUCACAGCUUCCGUGGAGACGACCUAUAGCGAGCAGAGCUCCUCCUCGGCCGGCUCCUCCACUUCCACCGACCAGCCAAUCUACUUCCGGGAAUUCCGUUUCACCUCUGAAGUGCCCAUUUGGCUGGACUAUCAGGGCAAACAUGUUGUCAUAGAGCAGGGAACGUUUGCAGGGAUCCUGAUUGGUCUGGCCCAGUUGAACUGCUCCGAACUGAAGCUGAAGAGGCUCUGUUGCAGACACGGGCUCCUGGGAGUGGACAAGGUGAUCCAGUACGCAGUCACCGAGUGGCUCACCGACAUUAGGAAGAAUCAGCUGCCAGGCAUUCUGGGAGGUGUAGGCCCCAUGCACUCUGUAGUUCAGCUGUUUCAUGGGGUUAGGGACCUGUUCUGGAUGCCCAUAGAACAGUACCGGAGAGAUGGGCGCAUUAUCCGGGGUCUCCAGCGGGGGGCAGCAUCCUUUGGCACAUCCACUGCCUCCGCUGCCCUGGAGCUUAGCAACAGGCUGGUGCAGGCCAUCCAGGCUACAGCGGAGACAGUCUAUGACAUCCUGUCCCCCACACCACCGCUCAACCGCUACGCCAUCACCGAGGGCCGGCCCCCCUCCUCCCGCCCACGACGAGCCCCCCAGCCCGCCGACCUCCGAGAGGGCGUGGCCAAGGCCUAUGACACCGUCAGAGAGGGGGUGAUUGACACGGCUCAGACACUGUGCGACGUGGCAUCCCGUGGGCACGAGCAGAAGGGUCUGCCUGGAGCUGUGGGCGGAGUCCUGCGGCAGAUCCCGCCCACUGUGGUCCGUCCCUUAAUAGUGGCCUCUGAGGCCACGUCCAACCUGCUGGGGGGCAUGCGGAACCAAAUCAAGCCAGACGCGCGGAAGGAGGACUUCUUAAAAUGGCGCACUGAAGAUGGCCAGGAGUGAUCCUCGGGGCGGACAUGUAUUUUAGGAGUGAAGCGAUAAAAGGGAGUGAAAGUCGAUGGGAUGAACGAAUGGAUGAUUGUGAGCGUGAAAGAGCGAGAGAGCACAGGUGUGUUUUAAUGCAAAAAAAAAGAAACUACAAAAAUGUAACUACUGCAGAGCAAUGGAGUAUUUGAACCUAGCUUCAGAUACCUGGAGAUAGUCUUCUCUUUCAAUCUUUACCCAGUGCAAUCAGUCUGCACCUGCCCCCCAGAUCUCUACCGUCUUAGUAUGCAAACAUAUCACUGUCAUUCUUUGUUGACUGCAUGGUUUGUUUAGUCAUUGCUGAACAAGGGCACACUGUCAGGCAACAGGGCUGUUGUUGGAUGAUAGAUGUUGAACAUGCACAUCUUCAAUUGUGGAAUGUCAAAAGGAGUUUGUCAACCACAGUGCAGUUCAAAGGGUCAAACUGUGACCCUUUCCAGACCCUGUCCUAACCCUACAUGUAUAUAUAUCUAAUCAUAGGUUUGGUGUAAGCAUGGGCUCUUACACCAAUUCUUUAGCCAGAAAUCCUAUGAAAGACAGUAGGUAAGUGGACACUUACAAAAAGAUGAAAAGAUGCAGAGCUGAUCUAGCGGGGACUGACUGGUGAUGCAGAGCUAGAAUGAUGUGGCCUUUGCUGGGUUCCUUACAGAGGUUGACCUCUAACCCUAACCAUUACAGAGGUCGACCUCUAACCCUAACCAUUACAGAGGUUGGGCUGUCAUGUUUCUUUGACUUGGAGUCACAAAACAUCUUCCAGCCCCCCCCUUUCUCCUGGAUGUUAUUUGUGCCAUAAAGCUUGAUGGGUGCCCUCUUUUCCUGUCAGUCCAUUAGUUUAGUUGUUUUGCCUUCUUCUGUCUUUAAACAUGUUUGUACGCAUAUUCUUUCUUUAUUUCUGGCUGAUACAAUCGACCAGUGGCAUUGACCAUGUGGUUCUACAUGUACAGUUGUCUCUGGAGAGUGUUGAUGUCUGUUUCCAUCAGUCAAAUGGGGAAAACGAAUGUAGUCUAGAAGGAAGAGAAAUGGGAGUCUUCCUUCUCUCUCCACGUCAUGUGUCUCUCCACGUCAUGUGUCUCUCCACGUCAUGUGUCUCUCCACGUCAUGUGUCUCUUCUUGGCAUUACAGCUCAGCAGUGCUUGGACCCCGAAUUUUUUAGCUUUAUUUUUGGAGUUAAUGGAAUAAGAGAACUUCCAUACCUGUACUAGUCAGGCUCCUGUCAACAGAACUCGCUUGGCUGGUCUUAGUUGCCUUCCUGUUCUUUUUGUAUUUGUUAUUUUCUAAUUAUGUUAAACGCAUUAUAGUAUUAAUUAUCAUAUUAAUUUUUCAGUAACUUACUGUCAAGGUGUGAGGAUUUGGAGGUAAAAAAAAAGAUGUUUUGUUGUUAAAAAAAGUUUUACAUUUUUAUCUUUUGUUCAUUGAGUUUAAGGGAUGUGUGUUUAGGUAUGUUUGUGUGCGAGAGUGUGAGCGUGAGUUUGUGUUAUGCAUGUUUGUGGGUCAGUGGUAUUUUGAAAGUGACAGAAGUUUGUCACGCCUCUGUGUGUAAUUACUAUUUACUAUAUCAUAAGCUGUACGAAUGAUCUGUAUAAUACUAAGACAAUGAGUACACAAAAAUUAAUACAAAAAUAAAACUUCAUUAUAUAAACCUGA